AGACUGUCCAAGCUUGAACUGGCAACCUUCCUAUUACAAGGCGAACUCCCAACUCUUGAGCCACGAUCGCCCCAAACUUACCACCAAACUUUGACCUACCAUUCAAUACCAAGAGGAAAGCAACUGAUUGGCAAUGGCUUCAUUUUUCAGCAUGGUAUGCUUUUCCUGCCGGUGCAUUAAAAAUAAAAACACACUGGCACAUUGUCAGCUAUGGACUGGCCUCCCUAGAGCCCACACCUCAACAUUACUGAAGCAGUGUGUGAUCAGAGCUUUAAAUGUCCUUUAAAAUCCUGGAGAACUAUUCCUGAAAAGCUUGCAUAAGAGAGUUCAGAAUGUGUUGAAGAAUAAAGAGGCCAACCAACUAUUGGCUUUCAAGCUUGUUAAAAUUGUACAGAAUAGUUUUUACAUUGCAAACUGUGUUUGUGCACGUGUGUAAAUCCCCAUAUUCUUAGCAAAAGAUAAAAAGAUGGGGUCUAGAGACUUUUGCAUACCUGUGCAAUAACAUAGCUGUUUUCCUAGGCUUGCAUAUAAGGUUAUAACCAUAACCUGAUGAUUUGAAUAUUCCCUGAGAACAGUUUGCUGUUGUUGAACCAGUACCAGUGUUACAGGAUAUACACGAUACGGCAGGAACAGAAGAAGCAGUUGCCAUGGAUUUGGACAGCGAACUAAAAGAGAUAGCCACUGAGAUGAAACAUCUCUCACUCAAAAGGGUACAACUGAAGGAGAGGAAAAACAUUCUGUGCAUAUUUCAAGAGUUGAGGAAUCGAGCUGAGUUUGGACAAACAGAGGAAGCAGUCUCUACUCAGAAGGAGAUUGAGAGCAUCGAUGAGAAACUGAAGGAACUGAAUGAAAAACAGUCCGAGCUCCAGAAAAAUUACGACAACAUGCUCAAUGCCGCCAAAAACAAACAGCACAAGAAAGUGGUCAGUUUCACAGACAAAGAGAAUAUAGAUUCUGCUGCUCCUCCUUCUCCUCCUCCUGGCUCUAAUAUUGUCUAUGUUGUGGCUCCGCCUACUAUCCCAGCCCCUGAAGUGGUUCUGGAGCUGGACAAGCUCCCGGCAGCUCCGUGCAGGACACAGUGCCCUGAGUGUCGGCAGUUCAUCACGACAGAGACGUUCUCCUCUGUCAGCAGUGUGACAUGGCUGGUGUGCAUCAUGACAGCUUUAGUAGGCUGUGUGGCUGGUUGCUGCCUCAUCCCCUUUUGCAUGGAUAGGUUCAAGUCCACCAACCACAGAUGUCCUAAGUGUCGAACAUUAAUCAAAACUAUUAAAAAGCUCUGAGAUGAAAGCAGAUAGGGAAAGAUGGAGAAGAUACUGGAUAUCCACCUAGUGAUGAUAACAACACAGCUGCAAAGGGUCUCCUGCACAAUGCACUGAACAUCAGUGCAUGACCGGUGAUGUUUGUAAUCUCAAACUAUAGCUGCUAUUACUUUUUAGAAGCCUGUCAGACGAGACAGGUGGUUUCUGCCUUUAUGCAUAUGCAUACAGGGAGUGCAGAAUUAUUAGGCAAGUUGUAUUUUUGAGGAAUAAUUUUAUUAUUGAACAACAACCAUGUUCUCAAUGAACCCAAAAAAAUA